AUGUCGCUAUCUAGUAAAAAGUGUUGUGUUCCUGGUUGUUUGGAUUCAGGAAGUAUGCAGAUGCCUCUGCAUUUAUUUCCAAAUCCAGAAAAAGAUAGACUACGCUUUAAUAUAUGGGUCCAUUCUAUUGGAGGACCACUGGCCCUACCCAAAUUCACCUUUGUAGAAAGAAGACCACUUCGACAGAUGAAGCACUCACCAGAAGAUGAACCAUCAACCACAAAAGAUUUUGCGGUUGAUGCCAUGGCUACAUCCAGCACUUAUGCCUGGAUGAAAGAAAACAUAGAUCCAUCUGUCAACAUCCCAGAGGUGUCAAAUAUUGUAACUGAAGUAAAUGCAGCUGAGAAAGUAAUACCAGAAGUGUCAAACAUUAUAAAAGAAUCUGCUUUUGAAAUAAAUGUAUCUGAGAAAAUAUAUAACUGGUGCACUAAAAGGAAAACCAAGACCAUUGUUUCUAAAAAAAUCAAAGCUGUUACAACAUUAGAACAUGAUUAUACCAGAAGCUUAUUCAAGUGA